GUGGAUCUACGCACACGUUAACGGUCGUAAAGAGGAGCAGCGAGUGUAGACAGAGAUCGAUGAGCAGCCUGGCGGUGUGUGUGAGAGCGAAGGAUGGACUCAGCGAUGCUGCUCCAGCUACGGACUGAGUACUGACGGAUCUACCAAAGCAGAGGCCGGAUAUUUGAACCGAGGCUUACAUUAUUAUCACACAUUAGUGGCGUGAUGCAGUCUCAAGGAAGCACAUCCACCCAGCCCUCCUUCGAUUCCCUGAGCUCCAGCGACAGCCUCGCGCUCAGCGACUCGGAACAGACAGAGGAUGACACAGAUGUCUUUUUGAUGGACAGCUCUUCCUCCGUCAUCAUCGGUGAAGUGGCAUCCAGAAAUGAUGUGGAAGCAAGGAGCCCCAGGUCCCAAUGGACGUACAGCAGCUUCCCGAGGAAGGAGGAGGAGACAUACAGGCUGCAGAACCACAGCAAAGGGGCAGACUUCGGCCUGGUCCGCACAGAUCCUGCGGGCCAGAGACCGAAAUCACAGGGAGACCUGCUGUUUGCUCAGAAGUGUGCUGAGCUGCAGGGUUUCGUCAGGCCGCUCCUGGAGCUGCUGAAUGGACUGAAGAGCGGUCGAUUUGACCACGGUUUAAGCAGUUUCCAGCAGAGCGUCGCCAUGGAUCGCAUCCAAAGGAUUGUCGGAGUUUUGCAGAGACCACAUUGUGGGGAGAAGUACCUAAACACUUUGCUCCAGGUGGAGGCGAUGUUAAAGCUCUGGUUUCCACAUAUCUCCAGUCAGCCUGUGUCCUCGUCCUCCAGUGUUGCCGCAUCCCCCACUCAUUCCCUCCAGGACACUUCCAGCUCUACUCCGCCGCACAAACACAGAGAUCAGCUGCAUAUUCCAGUCAAGAAGCGCAGACUCAGCUGGACAGACACAGACUCUCCCACAUCCUCCCCAAUACCUAUCAAGUGCCGUCGUAGCAGUGGAGAGGAGAGCAGGGAGAAGCACAAUCAAGAUGAUAGGAAUCCGUCUACCUCUUCUCCAUUGCUGUCUUCUAAGGCUUUACCAGGCGUGGUCUGCGGCAGCCAGCUAAUCGAUGGCCCAAAGGGAAAUGACAGCGAGGGCGACCCGGACGAGCGUUCCAAGUACAAAGGAGCCCAGAGCUCAGAGCCCAGGCUGACCUGGGUGCAUGUCGCUCCCAUCCCAUCCCCGCGGAAAUCUUGUGUCGCUCAUGGGGUCACAAAAAUGGAAGGAAUCGACGAAAGCAUUCCCACUGCGAGCAGCAGGGGCAGUCCAGCAAUGCAAGACUGCUCCAUCUCGUCCACCACCCCCGCUAAGAACCCCAAAAAUCAAAAGAAGCCAACGCAGUGCCAAAGCCAGCUCGCUGCUUCAGGACAACGAGGUGAGACUACAGGGACAUGUCAAGGUCAAAGCCAGCCCACACUUGUCUCACUGAAGCCCCUGGCCCGGGUAUGUCCCUCCACUGUGGAGACCUGACACACCUAACGAGGAAAUAGCCGGCAGCCUUGGCCCAUUCACAACACCCAAGGCUUAAAGCUGCUGCAACACAAAUAAAGGGGAAAAAAGGAUGUUUAUGUAUGCAUUUCAUAUAGAGGAGAAAAGCUGUUAGUGGAGAUUGGUAUAUAGGACAAAGUAUUCUGCAAAGGGGUAAGGAAACUUUGGAAGUGAGGUUCUGAUAAAACACUAUAAGCACUUAAUAACUUAUCUGGCUCUUUUGCUUUAGUAUAAAUCCAGAAUAGUUGGUCCUGGAGGCUAAAGGUGAUAGCUAAUAAAAAAGGACACUUAACCUUAAAAAAUACUUCCAACAUGGCAUGUGUUUAAGAGUAGAAGGUCUGUCGGAAAUUUAAUAUUGUUUACAUCACAGUGGGACCGUUUCAGCUUUUUGUUUUCACAAAAGCAUUGCCAAACAAAAAAAAAGUGAGAGAUUAUUUAUUCUUUUAUCUAUUAUCUUCUCUACAUAUUAGACAAGAAAACUGCUUUACUCGUUUAGUUUUCAGUAAGCGGUUCACUCAGGAAGAUAUCUGGUAGCACAUCGCCUAUGUACCACCAUUCCACUUAUAAUGAAUCAACUUUGCAAUGAGUAACAACCAGAGGUGAACAGUAAAAGGCUCUAAAAGUAGAUCUUGCUUAGUGGUGCUUUUGAGAUUGACGCUGUUCUUCAGUGACAGACGUCCAGGACCAACUAUCCUGAGUUUAUACUAUAUUAAGAUGCAGAGAGAGUUUUCCUUAGACACUAACUGCUUAUUACCUUUAACAGAAGCUCACUUAAA